AUGGCCCAUAAAUCACAUUCUAGAUCAAUAGAAAGUAGAGAAAGGACUAGACACAAAAAACACGUACAUAAAGAUUCACACAAAAAACAUAAAUCAUCUCAUAGAAGCAACCGAAGGACCAAAUCUCGAUCCAGAUCAUCCGACAUCAGUUAUCGCAGAGAAUCAAAACACAAUCACAGUUCACACAGUAAAAAACACACACUUUCAGAAUCCCAUGAUUCUAAUUCAAACCAUUUUGAUUUACACACCAGUAUAGAAUCCGACACUCUUAAACACGAAUUUGAAGUAUCAAAUUUUUCGAAGGCUUACGGACUGGAUCUAUCAGGAUUCGUCGGACUCUCUUCGCAGAUUUUAAAUGUCACGUCUUCUUCCGAAGAGAAUAAAUUGACCAGACUUGAACGCAAGAAGAUACGAGAUCACGAACUUAGGCAUCACCAAGAGAGGUUUUGGAAGUGCAAAAAGUGCGAUUUUAUGAACUAUUUAUCAAAUUACGAAUGCAAACGUUGUAAAGGCCUGAGAGGAUCUUGCGCCCGUUGA